AUAUUUAAGUCGCGGCGGCGGCGGGGAGAAGCCGCGGAGAGUCUUGAAGGCGAGCGGGUGCUGGCGAACUCCGAGUUCGUCUGAAGCUGAGCGUCCGCGGUGCUUUCUGAAGUCCGGAUCCGGCUCCCCUUCCUAAAAGGCAGGCUUGGAGGUCUUUGAACUCUGCUGGCAGUGGAAGAAUAAGUCAUGUUUCAUGCACAUCUGGAAAGGCACAACGCCAAACCUCUUCCCGUGAUCAUUAUAGGAAAUGGUCCCUCGGGAAUCUGCUUGUCCUAUCUCUUGUCCGGCAACGUUCCCUACGUCCGAAGGAACUCGGUUCAUCCUAAUCCAAUCUUGCAAAGGAAAUUAGAAGAGACCCCGGAGAUUCCCAUCGUAGAUCAGGAUCUGGAGUAUCUCUCCGAAGGUUUAGAAGGCCGAUCUUCCAGUCCAGUGACUCUCCUUUUCGACGCCCUUCUGCGUCCUGAUACGGACUUUGGCGGGACAGCCGAUUCGGUCCUCACAUGGUGGCAUGAACCUGACCGAGCGAUCCCUCAUCUGGUUCUUGGCAAAACUCUCCCUGGGGGAGCUUGGCAUUCUAUUGAGGGAUCCAUGUUCACACUGAGCCAAGGAGAUUGGAUGGGGCUUCCUGAUGUUCCGUUCAAGGAAUGGUUGAGCAAGAAGAAAAGAGGCUUCAGGAACAACAGGGCAACUGCUGGUGACAUAGUCCAAUACUAUCAAUAUUACGUGGCCAAGAAAGGCCUGAAGAAGAACUUCGUCUGUGGAACUCUGGUGACAUCUGUGAAGAGACUGAACUCAGAUUCAGAAGAGAGUUAUGGCGGUCAAGAUUCCAAGGACAGAAGCUCCAUGUGGGAUUUAUCCCAGGGAUCCCAAGAAAAUGGGAGCAGUCUCUUUCAGGUUGAUGGGUUUGUCACCAACAUCGCUGGCACCCAUCCCUUCUCGGUUUACGCGGAGAAUGUGGUCUUGGCCACGGGGACCUAUGAUAGCCCAACCCAGCUUGGGAUCCAAGGUGAACAUCUCCCUUUCAUCCAUCACACGCUGUCGGCUCUCGAAGAAGCUGUCAAGAACAAGGAGGUCGGGGUCAUGUCGGACCCAAUCUUGAUCGUAGGAGCUGGCUUAACGGCUGCCGAUGCAGUCCUCUUUGCCCAUCAUUAUAAUAUUCCUGUGAUCCACGUUUUUCGGCGGCGAGUAAAUGACCCAGCCCUCAUCUUCAACCAGCUCCCCAAAACAAUGUACCCCGAGUACCACAAGGUCCACCAGAUGAUGAGGGAGCAGGCCAACCCUUACCCAGGACCGUACGAAUAUUACGUCAGUCUUCCCGAGCAUCACGUCGUCCGUUUUUCGGAGGACCGGAAGUGCAUCUUUGCGGACAAGAGUGGCCGUCAAAAAAUACACCCAAUCUCCAUGGCUUUUGUCCUCAUCGGCUCCAACCCCAACCUCGCCUACUUGCCCAACAAUGGGAUGGACUUAGCCGUUGACUGCGAGCAGCCGGUCAGUUCCAAGAGGAACCCAGUUGAUGUCGAUCUCUUCACCUAUGAGUCCGUUCACGAGAAGGGACUCUACGCUUUAGGGCCACUAGCUGGGGACAACUUUGUGAGGUUUGUGCAAGGCGGUGCGUUGGCCAUCGCUAGCUCUCUUCUGAAGAAGGUGAACAAAAAUCCUCCUUAAUGUUGGUGAAUGUGACUGCUCCUCUGAAGGAUGACUCUUGGCCAACUUUUGAGAGUGGGCAUUGGGUGUGUAGCUGUAUUGUCAGAUAUGAGGUCUGUCCUUGAAAACCUUCAAAACGGGCUGGGCUAAGCCAAGCUUCCAGCCCAAGAAGAUAGCAGCAGGAUCCUUACAGAAUGUUUGACUUCUUAAUCCCUCUACCUCUGAGAGGUAGAGAUGGGUUAGGAAAGCUUGACUAGAUCCCAUUGUACAAAUCAGGUGUUGCCUCAGUUAAAUCUGAAGCAAGUUAUCUCUCCAUGGAUAACCUGAAGAUCUCUGUCCACAUAUUCUGAAUUGCAGUGGAAGCAUUGUUUGCAUCCAAAAUAAUCCUUUUUGCUCACGUAAUAUUGGGUGGUGGGUUUCUAUUAAACUCUCAAAAUGAAUCAGAACAUAUUUUCAGCAGAUCCAUGAACGCACAGCAAAGAAUGGGAAGAUCACCACCGUGUUUCCC